GCCGAGCAUUCAUUAGCGUCACGACCUCGGCGGCAAGCAGGCAGCGCAGCAGCACCAACAUACCUCCACCGCCUUGCCUUAGUCACUCACUCACGGUGGAGGCCGGACCUGGCCGUUUGGAUGCCGACGAGCCCUUAAAGACGUGAUGGAGCGCACACCUCUGCAAGGCCUCAAGCAUCGCCACGUAGGCCACACCGCCGUCGCCAUGAACCCGGUCUCGCCCCUGUCGCCCCGCGGCAACCUGUACCACAUUCCGCGCGUCGACGAGCUCGAGGAUGAGCCGCCGACCCUCGAAGGCGACUUCACCUUCCGUGCCGUCGCGGUCGGCCUCGGCGUCGGCGUCAUCCUCUGCAUGACCAACAUCUACUUUGGCCUGCAGACGGGCUGGGUGUCGAUGAUGAGCCUGCAGAGCGCGCUGCUCGGCUUUGCCAUCUUCAAGCUCGGCCCGCUCUUCCCGCGCCUCUUCCCCAAGUCGGCGCCGCUGUCCCCGCAGGAGAACGUCGUGCUCCAGACCACCGCCGUGGCCACGGGCACGAUGCCGCUGGCUGCUGGCCUCGUCGGCAUCAUCCCCGCCCUCGGCAUGAUGAACCUGGAGCAGGACGGCCGCGACCCCAUCGAGCUGAGCUACACCAGCCUCGUGCUCUGGUGUCUCGCCGUCGCCUUCUUCGGCGUGUUCCUCGCUGUCCCGCUCCGCCGUCAGGUGAUCAUCAAGGAGAAGCUCGUGUUCCCGUCCGGCACGGCAACGGCGCAGCUCAUCGCACUGCUCCACAAGGCGCCGCCGCCGACCCAGAGCCUUGACCCCACCCCGUCGGGCCCUUACCGCCGCGUGCCGACAUCUGACCGCCCAGAGCGUCCGGCACUCCACCACCGCGCGAUCAGCGAGGAGCUCCGCGCGACCUACGACAGCGAGGACGAGCAUGGCGGCCCAUCAGACGACCCAGAGCUCAUGACUGGCCGCGGGUGGUGGGCGCUCGUGUGGAGCUUCCUCGCCAGCGCGGCGGUUACCUUCCUCAGCUUCCUCUUCCCCGUCACGUUUGCUCUGCCCGUGUUUGACAUCUUUGGCCUGCCAUUCGGCACCAGCCUCGCGGCGAACUGGAUGUGGUGGUUCACGCCAUCGCUGUCGUACAUUGGCCAGGGCAUCAUCAUGGGCCUGCCCGUCACCGUCGCCAUGAACAUUGGCAUGCUCGUCGGAUGGGCUUUCCUCUCGCCGCUGGCGAAGCACGCCGGCUGGGCGCCAGGCAAGGUGUCCUCGACCACGGACGGUGCUCGUGGCUGGAUUCUCUGGGUCGCCCUCGCCAUCAUGAUCGCCGAGGCGGUCAUCUCCCUCAUGCCCAUUGUCGUCCAGCGUAUCUCUAAACUCAACAGCCACUACCGCCAGCGCACGCAGGGCGGCGUCUUCAUCGCCGAGGACGACGACAGGACCGAGGACGGCUACUUUGACCCGCCCGAGGACGACGAGGAGCCCGAGCACGAGCCCCCUGAGCGCCUCGUCCCCCUUUCGUGGGUGUACGUUGGUCUCGCUGUCAGUGCUGUGCUUGGCGUUGGCCUCGUGUGGGUCGUUUUUGGCAGCGACGGUAUCCACCCCUGGGCUACGGCCAUUGGCCUCGUUCUGGCGUCUGUCCUCAGUCUUAUUGGCGUCCGCGCUCUCGGCGAGACCGACAUCAACCCCGUGUCAGGUAUCGGCAAGAUCAGCCAGCUUCUCUUCGCCGUCCUCCAGCCGGGUAACGUCGUCGCGAAUGUCAUCGCCGGUGGCGUCGCCGAGGCCGGUGCUCAGCAAGCCGGAGACCUCAUGCAGGACCUCAAGACUGGACAGCUCCUCCGCGCGUCUCCUCGCUCCCAGUUCUACGGCCAGAUGAUCGGCUCCCUUGCCAGCGUGUUCGUCUCCACCGCCGGCUACAAGUUUUACACGUCCGUGUACCAGAUCCCUGGCCCCGAGUUUGCCGUUCCAUCCGCCGGCAUCUGGCUCAACCUCGCCCGUCUGCUCAACAACGGGUCGCUUCCCUCCCACGUUGUGCCGUUCAUGGUCGUCUUUGGCGGCGUGUUUGGCGUCACCUCGGCGCUCAAGGCGUUUGCCGGCCGCUCGGCCAACCCGACCGUCAACACCAUUGUCAAGCUCGUCCCUUCGGGCGUCGCGUUUGCCAUCGGAUUCCUCAACUCGCCGAGCUUCUCGCUCGCCCGUCUCAUCGGCGGAUACAUUGCCUACCGCGCCACCAAGCUUGCGGGUACCGACGAGACGCCCCUGUUCGCCAUUGUUGUGGCUUCUGGCUUCGUUCUCGGCGAGGGUGUGAUCAGCAUUGUGACGCUCAGCCUUACCAGCUCCGGCUUUGGCGCCAUCAGCUGCUUUGGCUGCGGUCUUGGUGGUGGAGGCUACUGCUCUGGCGGCUGCGCCUGAGCCCAUGUCGUUGCAGAAGCAUUGUAUCAAUAGGCAAAGGGCCAUAUAGAUCAAGACACAUGCAUAUCACGCCACUGUAGGGCAUCGACGGG